UUAACAAAGAAAAAGGGCCAACUGAAGCGAACUGUUACUAUAAUCACCCGUCCGGAUGGCUCGAAAGUGAGCGACGAUGGAACAACACAAACGGAGAUUGAUUCGAAGAACAAUUACGGUUUCGUCGUGGAUACAGCACCGGAUAAAAUCCCCGCCUGCAUUUUGGACGAUUUUCUUUACCUGGGCUCACAGGAUUCCGUUGACCCCGAGACCAUUGAAAACUAUAAAAUCACCCACGUACUAAGCGUGGGCAUACCGCUGCCCGAUGGUAGCUUUAACGCAAUUACAUCAAAGUACGUACCAGCGUUGGAUUUACCCGAAACGGUUUUGACGGAAAUUCUGUCGACCAGCAACCGAUUCAUUGGAGCGGCGAAAGAACAGAACGGCAAAUUGGUGCACUGUAAUGCUGGAGUUUCGAGAUCUGCAAGUGUUGUUAUUGGCUAUUUGAUCAUGGCUUGUGGUUUUAGUUUCGAUGAGGCUUACGAUUUGGUGAAAUUGAAACGAAGUUGUGUUAGACCGAACGAUGGAUUUUUGAAACAAUUAAAGAAAUUGUGAAAUUUCGUUGCCAUAGUU